AUGUUUGAUUUAUUAGAAGAAUUUGGUGGCAAGUAUAAUCAAUGUCACUUUUCAUGUGAUGAGAAAGCUCGAGUGGUUAAGAUAGUAUCAAUGUCAUCACGUCAAUUUGAUCAGGCAAGGAAGCUGAUAACUGAUCGACUGGCAGGAGAGAAACAGGAAGAUAAGACAGGAAAGAAUAAAGAAGGGAAAGGAGGAGGAGGCAAAGGGCCUGGGAAAGGAGCUAAAAUAUCAACCAAAACUGGUUCAUCUGAAGUAUUAUCAAUUAGUAAAGGCCAUAAGCUUACAGUAAAAAGAAGCAAUAUAGUAGAAGAAGAUGUUGAUGCAAUCGUCAAUGCUGCUAAUUCAAGAUUAGAUCAUGGAGCAGGAGUAGCAGGAGCUCUUAGUAAAGCAAGUCGUGGAGAAUUGCAAAGAGCAUCUGAUACAUAUGUUAGGAAUUAUGGUCAGGUACCAGUUGGAGGAGCUGCACUUACCAGUGCUGGAGGAAAGUUGAAAUGCAAGCGUGUGAUACAUGCUGUUGGUCCUAUUGCCUCAUCACAAAUGACUGAUUUAGCAUGUUCUCAGCUCAUAUAUCAAGCUAUUACUAAUUCUCUCAUUGAAGCAGAAAAAAUGAAAGCAGUAUCGGUAUCAUUCCCAGCAUUAAGUACAGGAAUAUAUGCAGUUAAUAAAUCAUUAGCUGCUGAAGCUAUAUUUCAAGCAAUAUUGAAGUACCAUUACACCAAUAACAGCAUAUUGAAAGAUAUUCGUAUUGUCAUAUUAGAUGAAGAUACCUACUCCGUAUUCGCUCAACAUUUACUGGCUAUGAAAUCCAAUCCAAUUCUUACCGAGACAUCUUUCCAAUCACCUGGUGCUGAUACUCAUGGUAAUGUCUCACAGAGCAAUGGCUCUUCAUCUCAUAGCAGUCAUACUCCUGGACCUACUGCAUUGAGUGAGAAUUCCCCUCAUGCUGCUUCUGGAGGGAAAAGUAAAACAUGGAGUGGGACUGGGAGUGGUGCUACUGGAACAGGGAAUACUCCAUGGACUGGGCAGGGAGGUGCAGGGAAUACUGCAUGGACUGGGCAGGGAGGUGCAGGGAAUACUGCAUUGACUGGGCAGGGAGGUGCAGGGAAUACUGCAUGGACUGGACAGGGAGGUGCAGGGAGUACUACAUGGACUGGACAGGGAGGUGCAGGGAGUACUACAUGGACUGGACAGGGAGGUGCAGGGAAUACUGCAUGGACUGGACAGGGAGGUGCAGGGAGUACUACAUGGACUGGACAGGGAGGUGCAGGGAAUACUGCAUGGACUGGACAGGGAGGUGCAGGGAAUACUACAUGGACUGGGCAGGGAGGUGCUGGGAAUACUGCAUUGACUGGGCAGGGAG